UGCAACCUGCUUGCCGGUCAGCAUGGCGGAGUGACGGUGGCGCCGCCGCAGGACAUGAGGAUCCCACGAUAGGGGUUGCGGGGCCGUGGCAAGGACAUGCUGAUGGCCGCGUUGCUGCGCGUCUGCCGCCCGGGCUGUGCUCGGGAUAUCGGGUCGAGGUUGGUGUCCGUUCUAUCAGGAGGAAAUGAGUUGCCAGCAAAUCUCCUGCUCCAAACAAACAUAAUUAAGAAAGAAAGGAAAGGACCCGCCCCAAUUGAUGCUGGACAGCCUGUCUUGAGAAAGUGUGAGAUUGCUAUUCCUUCACAUCUCAAGCCCAGACAAGCUUGGCUGGAGUCUCUACAGGAGUUUGAUGAGAAAUUGGGUGUCAUUGAAUUACAUCCUGAUGUCUUUGCAGUCCCUCCAAGAAUUGAUAUUCUACACGAAGUUGCAAUUUGGCAGAAAAACUUUAAAAGAAUAAGUCAUGCCAGAGUGAAGACUCGAGCUGAAGUAAGAGGAGGAGGCAGAAAGCCCUGGAAACAGAAAGGAAGUGGUAGGGCUCGGCAAGGAAGUAUCCGAUCACCAGUAUGGAGAGGAGGCGGUAUUUCCCAUGGUCCUCGAGGACCAACAAGCUACUAUUAUAUGUUGCCCAUGAAAGUUCGUGUAAUGGGUCUGAAAGUAGCUCUCACCAUGAAGUUUGCUCAGGAUUACCUUCAUAUUAUUGAUUCCUUGGAGAUGCCCAGUCCAGACCCUGAAUAUCUUCGUGACCUGGCAUUACAUAGGGACUGGGGAGACUCUGUUCUUAUUGUUGAUGCUAAUGAAGACAUGCCAGAAAAUAUAUUGGAGGCAACAAAAAAUUCCAAAACAAUAACAGUGAUUCCUGUUUUAGGGCUGAAUGUGCAUAGCAUGCUGAAACAUGAGACCCUGGUUCUUACGUUGGAUGCAGUCAAUCUUCUAGAGAAAAAACUCUUGUGGCAUGAUACCAGAUUCUCCCCCCUUUAUCCAUUCAAACUACCUUAUAGAGACUUUCCUUAAGAAUAAAUGUAAAGGUGUUAAGAAAAAGA